UAAGCAAUAAUGUUCCAUAUUGUUAUUUUAUUCUGCUUCUACGUAGUGUUGGGGCAUACGUUGCCUCUAGAAAAUACAGGACCUUCAGAUGUCAGAAUUAUUAAUGGCGAAAAUGCGACUUUGGGACAGUUUCCUUGGCAGGUGGGUUUAUACUUAGGUUUUGAUGAUACGGUUUGGUUUUGUGGUGGCAGCAUAAUUAGCGAAAAUUGGAUUCUCACCGCUGCACAUUGUCUAGAUAGAUCAGAAAUAGCUUAUGUUUACGUAGGAACCGUAGACUUGCUUUUAGUUCCUGAAAUGAUGAUUUCAACUGAUCUUAUUCUUCACGAAGAAUACAAUGCCAGCACCCUUGCAAACGAUAUUGGCGUUAUAAAGCUCAGUAUUGGACUGGGUUUCAAUGACAUUAUCGCACCAAUUACUCUCUCUUCCGAACCAAUAGAAGAUGGAGCAGAAGUUACAGUUAGUGGAUUUGGUUUAACUUCAGAUGCUGAUGAUGCCGAAACGAGUCAGUUUUUAAAUUACGUCACGGUCACAACAAUUCCCAAUAGCGAGUGUGCUGAAAUUUACGGAGAUUCCAUUCUUGAAAACAUGGUGUGUACUUCGGCGGGUAGUGAUCCUGUUAAAGGUGCCUGUUUGGGCGACAGUGGAAGUCCAGCGGUUUUGAAUGUCGAUACUGAUCCGCUACAAGUUGCUAUUGCUAGUUUCAUUGGGGGCACAGGGUGCGAAGAAGGAAAUCCCUCUGGAUUUACAAGAAUAGCUCCUUAUAGAGAUUGGAUUCAAGAGAAAACUGGUGUCUAA